AUGCUUAAUUCUGGUGCAGAGCCAAAAUUCCAUACAUUUUCAGCUUCUGACGAGAAUACAAUUGAAGAAGCAUCAUAUUUUUCCAUGAAAAUGAUCAACAGAGGUGGCAGGGCUAAGAAACUAGAACAGUACAUGAAGUUAAAAGCUAAAGAUAUUGAGAGUUCGAACGAAGAAUCAUCUAGUUUUUACAUGAUAGGAAUACUGGCUUCUAUUAACAUUGCAGUAUUCCUGUUCGAGACAGCUAGUCCAGUCAGGAACUCGGAAGUAGGGAUGUUGUCACUACCAAUGGUAUAUGGCGCGAAGAUAAAUCAUUUGAUCCUACUUGGUGAAUGGUGGAGGCUUCUAACACCGAUGUUUCUGCACUCAGGAGUCCUUCACAUAGCCCUUGGUUGUUGGAUGCUUCUAAGUUUUGGGCCUCAAGUAUGUAAAGCAUAUGGUUCAUUUCCAUUUUUCCUGAUAUAUGUUCUUGGCGGAAUUUCUGGUAACCUCAUCAGUUUUCUUCACACCGCGGAGCCAACUGUUGGAGGAACUGGACCUGCUUUUGCUCUAAUAGGAGCUUGGUUCAUUUAUCAAGUCCAGAACAAAGAUAUGCCAGGAAAAGAAGCUUCUAAAAGCAUGAUUGAAAAGGCGAUAAUAGCAACUGCUAUCAGCUUUGUUCUAAGCAACUUUGGGCCUAUAGAUGACUGGGCACAUUUUGGAGCAACAUUGAUGGGAAUAGCAUAUGGUUAUCUUAUAUGUCCAUGUCCUCAAGUGGAAAAUAUUGCAUCUUCAGAAAGUGGUCAAAAAGAAGGAAUCACACUUGUUAAACAAUAUUCAGAUCCUUAUUUAGGUGGGAAUCCAUCAACAAGUUUUAUGUUGAUUUUUGCAUUGAUUGGGGGAGUAAUGGGUGCUUCCUCUAUGCUAGCUGGGUUUUUUCAUCUCCGAAAAUGGACUAGUCACAGUUUGGCUAGUGCUGCUUCUUCAGCUAUAAUCUCUUGGGCCAUUACUGCUCUUGCUUUUGGUCUUGUUUGCAAGCAGAUAAUAAUGGGAGGUCACCGAGGAAAACGCCUGCAAACUUUGGAAGCGUUGAUCACCAUAGCUAUGGUGAGUCAAUUACUCUAUAUACUACUGUUGCACGCUGGGAUUUUUCGCAGCAGGUAUGGCCCUGUUUAUGGUUCCUAUGGACCUCAGCACUAGCUCGCUCAACUCAAG